AUGUCCUACAAGAUAUCUUCCUCUCCCGCCCUCUCGCCUGCAAAGGCCUCCGAAAUGAUUUCCUUUCUGGAGUCCUUCUACAGUAUCAGCGACACUGAGUCCCAGCACGACGCUUAUGUCGCCUCUUUCACACCUGAGGCGACAUUGAUCAUGGGACCCAAGACGGCGAAGGGUGCUGAUCAGAUCCGCACCCUCCGCCACGGCCUCUGGACCCACGUUGCGUCGCGCAAGCACACAGCGACGAAGGUGUUCUUUGGCGGCGAGGAUGAGCUCAUGCUCUACGGGACGGUCAAGUAUGUUCUCAAGAGUGAUCCUGAGGCAGAAGUUGAGGUGCAAUGGGCUGGACGGGUUGUGUUCGAUUUUACGGAGGGAGUGAGGAUGAGGUUUUAUCAGGUUUAUCUGUACACAUACGAUCGCAAUAUCGAAACUACUUGUGGUGCCGGUGGUGUGAACAGUGCAAUCGUUACGCAUAAUCUAUUCUCGACUGAGAGUGACGCAGGAUCAUGGACUGUGAUGUAG